AUGCUUUGUGUUCGAAAAAGCUAUUUUCUUCCAACAUUUAUCUUAGUCUUCCUCACGUAUAUCCUUUUCUCUAGUCUACCGCCAGGCGCGGAAAUACCGUACAUUGACGACCCCGCAGAAUAUGGACCUCCUCCAAGGCCUCCUCCAAAGGGCAACGACUUAAUUCAUUAUAGAAAUCCCACCGAGCAACACCCUGUGGAAGAAUAUAUCCCCCUUCCAACAGCUGUCCCGUCUCCCAUUCCCCGCGUCCAGUAUGAAUUUCCGGCGGAGUCAUGGCUUACUCGCAGAAGAAGGUUGAAGAAGCAGAACGCUGUGCGGAAUGCCUUUAAACACGCAUGGAAAGGAUACAAGAAACAUGCAUGGCUACGGGAUGAGCUCUCACCCCUCAGUGCUGAAUACCGGGAAUCAUUUGGUGGAUGGGCAGCUACCCUGGUUGAUUCUCUUGAUUCACUCAUCAUCAUGGGGUUGAAGGACGAAUUCGAAGAUGCGCUGCAAGCAAUUGAACAGAUUGAUUUUUCGACCACUGGCGCCACGCAAAUCAAUGUUUUUGAGACAAAUAUCCGAUACCUAGGAGGCUUUCUGGGAGCUUACGAUUUAACUAAUGGAAGUUACCCCAUACUUUUGAAGAAAGCAGUAGAGGUUGCCGACCUGAUAUAUGGCUCAUUUGAUACUCGUAAUAGAAUGCCCCAGUCUCGUUGGGAGUGGACGAGGUCGGCGCUAGGAAUGGGCAUCCAGCCCAGCCGCAACACCAUUCUUGCCGAACUGGGUUCCCUAAAUCUAGAAUUCACCCGAAUGACGCAGUUGACCAAGAACCCAAAAUAUUUCGACGCGAUUCAAAGGAUUACGGAUAAGCUGGAAUCCGCACAGUUGCGCACCCAAGUACCCGGUUUGUGGCCUAUGAUGGUCGAUGCACAUGAUAUGGAAUUCAACGAUCCUCGAUUCACUGUCGGUGGAAUGGCCGACUCCACUUAUGAGUAUCUUCCAAAGGAGCAUAUAUUGUUGGGGGCGCAGACGAAUCAAUACCGGAAAAUGUACGACGCGGCGAUGAACUCUAUUAAGAAGCGGCUGCUUUUCCGGGGCAUGACCAAGGAUGGGAAGGACAUCAUGUUCGCAGGCAAUAUCCGCGCUACUUCUAAAAGCGUCAUCGAACCCCAAUUUGAACACCUGAAGUGCUUUCUCGGAGGGACUGUAGGCAUAGGAGCCAAGGUGUUUGACCGCCCCGAGGAAUUAUCGAUCGCGCGCAAAUUAACCGAUGGUUGUAUCUGGGCAUAUGAUAUCAUGCCUACAGGGAUUAUGCCCGAGGCGCUAUAUGUCAGUCCCUGCAAGAAUAUGGAUGACUGCGAGUGGGAUGAGCAGAAAUGGCACACUGAUAUUCUUCGUCGUUUCGCCAAAUACUCCCAAGGGGAAGAGGCUGCCCAGAAAAUUAUCAGCAACAAUAAACUGCCACCAGGUGUGACUGAGAUUCCAGAUGCAAGGUAUAACUUGAGACCGGAGGCUAUUGAAUCUGUGUUCAUUAUGUACCGUAUCACGGGGGACAAGGAACUGCAAGAUGCUGCAUGGCGGAUGUUCCGUAGCAUCGAGAAGAUGACCCUGACUCGCUACGCGCAUGCAGCUAUCUCGGAUGUGCGAAACCCUGAGUCGUCACAGCUGGACUAUAUGGAAAGUUUCUGGCUUGCAGAGACGCUCAAGUACUUCUAUCUUAUUUUCUCUGAGCCGGACGUCGUCAACUUGGACGAAUACGUACUGAACACCGAGGCACACCCAUUCAGACGUCCAACCGCUUGA